AUGGCUCCGGCAGAGGAGACCAAUGUUACUAAACCCACAGGGGAGCUCAGACCGGACGAGAAAUUGAACUAUGAAGAAGAUGUUGAAUGCAGCGGAUCGAGCUCGACGACAGUUGGAAAGACCGCUUAUGAUACCGAUGACAUCAGUCAAUCACAGGCUGCCGAGCUGCAGGACCUAGCCCGUCAACUCUCCAGAGCCUCUCGCCAGGGGGGUCUAGAUGUUGAGAACGAACCCCAGCAAGUUAUCAAUCCGUUCCUGGACUCGGAGUCGGAUCCUGAGCUUAAUCCGGAUAGCAAGAGCUUCAAUGUAGCCAAAUGGCUUAAGACUAUCCUCCAGAUUACAUCAAGGGACCCGGAGAGGUUUCCCAAGCGUACUGCGGGUGUGUCGUUCCGGAAUAUGAACGUCCAUGGCUACGGAACUGCAGCCGAUUAUCAGAGUGAUGUUGGGAAUCUUCCGCUUAAGGCAUGGAGUGGUAUCAUGAGUAUGCUUGGGCUACGGAAGAAGGUCCGUAUAGAUAUUCUGAGAGACUUUGAAGGUCUUGUCAAGAGUGGCGAGAUGCUUGUAGUCUUAGGACGCCCUGGAAGCGGUUGUUCAACCCUUCUUCGGACACUAUCGGGUGAGACUCACGGUCUCUACCUUGACGAAGGCAACGAUAUCCAGUAUCAGGGUAUCUCCUGGGAGCAGAUGCACAAGAACUUCAGGGGAGAAGUCAUCUACCAGGCUGAAACUGAAACUCAUUUCCCCCAGAUGACCGUGGGAGAUACCCUUUACUUCGCUGCUCGCGCCAGAGCUCCUGCAAACAGACUGCCAGGUGUCUCCCGAGAGCAAUAUGCCAUACAUAUGCGCAGUAUGGUCAUGUCAAUGCUUAGCCUGUCGCACACCAUCAAUACCCAGGUCGGCAACGAGUAUAUCCGUGGUGUAUCUGGAGGUGAGAGGAAGCGAAUAAGUAUUGCAGAGACAACCCUUAGCGGAAGUCCUCUACAGUGCUGGGACAACAGCACCAGAGGCCUUGACAGUGCCAAUGCCCUUGAAUUUGUCAAGUCGCUCCGCUUGUCUACUAAAUACUCCGGAACCACUGCCAUCGUUGCCAUCUAUCAGGCCGGUCAAGCAAUCUACGACAUCUUUGACAAAGCGGUUGUUCUAUACGAGGGACAUCAGAUCUACUUUGGAAACGCUGUCCGAGCAAAAGAAUACUUCAUCGAGAUGGGCUUUGACUGUCCUAGCAGACAGACCACUGCUGACUUCUUAACGUCAGUCACCAGUCCGUCCGAACGGAGAGUCAGGCCUGGCUACGAGUCUCGUGUACCCCAGACACCGGCUGAGUUUGCUCAGCGAUGGAAGGAAAGUGAAGACAGACGAAUUCUCAUGCAGGAGAUUGAUGAAUACAAUAAAACCUACCCGCUACAUGGCGAACAGCUACAGAAAUUCCAAGCCUCUCGGUCAGCUGAAAAGUCCAGGUCAACCAGCAAGUCCUCGCCAUAUACCCUCUCUUACCCCAUGGAGAUCAAACUUUGCAUGUGGCGUGGAUUCCAGAGACUGAAGGGAGACAUGUCCAUGACCCUGACCUCCAUUAUUGGAAACAUCGCCAUGUCCCUGAUUAUUGCCAGUGUGUUCUAUAACCAUCAAGAAACCACUGACAGCUUCUUCUCCCGUGGCUCUCUCCUUUUCUUUGCCAUUCUCAUGAACGCCUUUGCUAGUUCCCUGGAAAUUUUGACCCUCUGGCAUCAACGGCCCAUCGUGGAAAAACAUGAUAAAUAUGCUCUAUAUCAUCCAUCCUCUGAAGCCAUCAGUUCUAUACUCGUCGAUAUGCCUGCAAAAUUGGCCGUGGCUGUCGUGUUCAAUCUGAUCAUAUAUUUCAUGACCAACCUGAGGAGAACGCCUGGUCACUUCUUUAUCUUCUUCCUCUUCUCCUUCACCACGACCCUGACCAUGUCUAACGUUUUCCGUUCCAUUGCUGCCGUGUCUCGUACCUUAUCCCAAGCUUUGGUUCCUACCUCAAUCUUUAUGCUUGCGUUGGUUAUCUACACUGGUUUUACCAUUCCAGUUCGUGAUAUGCGACCCUGGUUCAAGUGGAUCAGUUAUAUCAACCCCAUCCAGUACGCGUUUGAGUCCCUCAUGAUCAACGAGUUCCAUGACCGAGAAUUUAAAUGUGCUGCCUAUAUACCCAGUGGUCCCGGAUACUCCAAUGCCUCGGGAACAUCCAAAAUCUGCGCAGCAAAGGGAGCAAUGGCUGGGAAUCCAACCGUCAGCGGUGAUGUCUUCCUCCGGGAAACAUAUUCUUACUACGCAUCUCACAUGUGGAGGAAUUACGGCAUUAUAAUUGCUUUCUUCGUUUUCUUCCUUUUCGUCUACAUCACGGCCACGGAACUCGUAUCUGCUAAGCCUUCAAAGGGAGAGAUUCUCGUCUUCCCCAAGGGGAAGGUUCCGGCAUUUUUAAAGCAGUCUAAGAAAAAGCAAGACCCUGAAGCCGCAUCCCCACAAGAAAAGCAGCCAGUAGAAAAUUCUGGCCAUGACCAAACUGCUACCAUUGUGAAGCAAACAUCUGUAUUUCAUUGGGAAAGUGUGUGCUACGAUAUCAAGAUCAAAAAGGAGACAAGACGUAUCCUGGACAAUGUCGAUGGAUGGGUUAAGCCUGGUACUCUUACUGCCUUGAUGGGUGUGUCUGGAGCCGGAAAAACGACUCUCUUGGACGUCCUUGCAAACCGUGUUACCAUGGGUGUUGUCACUGGUGAAAUGCUCGUUGACGGUCGUCUCCGUGAUGAUUCAUUCCAGCGUAAGACCGGAUAUGUUCAGCAACAGGACCUCCACCUGGAAAUCAGCACUGUUAGAGAAGCAUUAACAUUCAGCGCCUUGCUCCGUCAACCUAACACUACCCCAUAUGAGGAGAAGGUUGCCUACGUCGAGGAAGUUAUCAAGAUGUUGGGAAUGGAAGAAUACGCCAAUGCUGUCGUCGGUGUCCUAGGCGAGGGUCUAAACGUUGAACAGCGCAAGCGCCUUACCAUCGGUGUUGAAAUUGCGGCUAAGCCUGACCUCUUGCUCUUCUUCGAUGAACCUACCUCCGGGCUUGACAGUCAAACGGCCUGGUCAAUCUGUACCCUGAUGAGAAAGCUUGCGGACCACGGACAAGCUGUCUUGUGUACUAUUCAUCAGCCCUCUGCUAUGUUGAUGCAGGAGUUCGAUCGACUCCUGUUUUUGGCUUCUGGAGGACGAACCGUUUACUUUGGUGAACUAGGAAAACAUAUGUCUACUCUCAUUGAAUACUUCGAGAGUAAGGGGGCCCCCAAAUGCCCUCCAGACGCAAACCCUGCCGAAUGGAUGUUAGAAGUCAUUGGUGCCGCUCCUAGCUCGAAGACCGACAUAGAUUGGCCGGCCGUUUGGAGGGACAGUGCAGAGCGUGUCGAAGUUCGUCGUCAUCUUGCAGAACUAAAGUCAGAGCUCUCACAGAAGCCCCAAACUCCCCGGUUGGCUGGAUACGGUGAAUUUGCUAUGCCCUUGUGGAAGCAAUAUCUCAUUGUCCAGCACCGUAUGUUCCAGCAGUACUGGCGUAGUCCUGACUACAUCUACUCGAAAGCCUGUCUUGCCAUUGUUCCGACUCUAUUCAUUGGUUUUACCUUCUACAAGGAACAAGUCAGUUUGCAAGGUAUCCAGAACCAAAUGUUCGCCAUUUUCAUGUUCAUGAUUCUCUUCCCCAAUCUUGUACAGCAAAUGAUGCCCUACUUUGUCAUCCAACGAUCUCUUUACGAAGUCCGCGAACGGCCCUCGAAAACAUACUCCUGGAUAGCAUUUAUGAUAUCAUCAGUCAUCGUUGAAAUACCCUGGAAUGCCCUCCUAACUGUCCCCGCCUUCUUCUGCUGGUACUACCCCAUCGGCUUCUAUAAGAACGCAAUCCCAACCGACUCCGUGACUGAACGAAGUGGCACCAUGUUCUUACUUAUCCUGAUCUUCCUCAUGUUCAGUUCAACAUUCAGUUCCAUGGUUAUUGCCGGUAUCGAGCAAGCGGAAACAGGUGGAAACAUUGCCCUGCUUUGCUUCUCCCUAACCCUCGUCUUUUGCGGUGUCCUCGUUAGUCCAACCGCCAUGCCCGGAUUCUGGAUCUUCAUGUACCGCUUAUCUCCAUUCACAUAUUUCGUUUCAGCCGUAUUAUCUACUGGAGUUGGAAGAACAGAUAUUGUGUGCGCUGCCAACGAGAUUCUCCGUCUUACCCCGGCUGCAGGACAAACGUGCAUGGAAUACCUGGGUCCUUACACUAAAUUUGCUGGAGGCCGAAUUCUUACCCCUGAUGCCACCGACAUGUGCGAAUUCUGCGCUGUUGCCGAUACGGACACCUUCCUGAAGGGGGUUAACAUCAUCUUUGAUGAACGCUGGAGAAACAUCGGCAUCUUGUUCGGAUAUAUUGCCUUCAACAUGGUCGGUGCCAUCGGCUUGUAUUGGCUUCUCCGUGUCCCCAAGAGGAAGUCUGGCGUGAAGCAGGGACAGCAGCCACAAAGGCAAGAAAGCGAGACAAAGGCAUAG